AUAUGUCACGUUGGGGGGGACCACCUCGAGUUGUGCCCACCAAUCACCGUCGGUAACUCGUGGGAUGCUGAAUUUGGUCUCUUCCGUGUUCUCCGUGUUUGGCCGCACGUUGGAUUGUUCAUUGGUGAGGGAUGUUUAUGAUUUCUGUCUCCCUCGAGCUGUGCAGAGUGGAGUGGGGAGUAGUCCUGAUUGUCGUCUUGCUUUGUAUAAGGCUGCAAUGUCAUUUGUGCACACAUGCCACUCCGUCGAGUGUCGCCCUAUCCUUCUUCACAUAUUCCGCACUGCACAAUUCACCGAACAGUGUCAUUCUGUCUAUGUACGGCAAUGUGUGUGGGAACUUGAAACUGUCCAUUCGCGGGUUAUCCCCUCAUCCAAGCCCCACGACUUGUCAGUGCCGACAGUUGCCUCAUCCAAAAUGGAUAGUAUUCGGGAGUCACAUAAUUUGGAAAGUGAGGGGGGUUCAUUGGAUAGUCCUGUGGGGGAGGUGUCUGGUGACAUUCCCGUUGUGUGUACUGAGACGAGAUCUUCCAAGGUCGCUAAACUAGAGGAGGAAUGUGUGUUUGAUAUUCCUUUGGAUGUGAUGUUGGAAGUGGAAAGGAACGAACAGGAAGAGGUAGAUAAAUCGGACGAAAAUGAUUUUGACUUGUUGGAAGAUCAGAACGUGGCUGAUCUGCCCGAGGACAUAAAACUCAUGCUCAGUACGUUUGUACCCGAUGGUCCUGACGUUUAA